AUACAAAAUUGUACGAUUGUACGAAUUUUUCGUAAUUUUGUAAAUUUUUGGAAUGUUAUUGUGCCUAGAAAAGUAGAAAUUCACAAUUUGUUUAUUCAUUAUUCAUGCUGUUGUAUUACAUAAUUUUAUAACUGCAUAGAAAGGCAUCACCAAUCACUAUGUCUAACUCGAAUACCGAAAAGCCUGGAGAAGGAAUUCGAUCCCUAAAAUCUAGCACUGCUUUCAGAGUUAUAAACUUUGAAUUAUAUGCCAAACCUAAUAUAGUAAUCAUGAGCAUAGGACUUACAUGUUUUGGACUUACUUUGGGAUAUAUUGCAUACAUGAGGAGCAAAUAUGAGUCCAUGGGAUAUUAUACAGCUGUAGACAAAGAUGGAAAGGAGAUAUUUGAAAAAAAGAAAUCAAAAUGGGAUUAAAGCCUAUAAUGUAUAAUAGUUAACUUAUAGCACUUAUAGUUAAUUAAUAAUAUUGUGUACAUAGAAGUUAAUAAUUAAAUACAAAGGACAAUGUUCGUUCUCCAUACAUCGUUCGCCUAAGAACCAACAAUUUUGACAUAUUACUACCCGAAAGCGAAAUAAUACGAUUCUGUGUGUAAGAACAAUGAUUCCUGAUGGACACUUGCCAUAAAAUUAAUGAUUAAGAAUAUUAAAUCACAGCGAUUUUUAUGUCGUUUAUGACAACAUGGCGUCUAAUGUAUUGUGUGAAUGUAUGAACACCGAUUCGCGAAAAAUGUUUUGUAUUGUCGUCACGCCGAGUCGCAGCCAAAUAGUAUAAAAUAAUAGAACAAGUUUUAGAAAUACAACUCGGCAUUCCACUUUUAUAAUAUGCCCACAUAUUGCACGUAAAUAAACAACAUGAAUCGUAGGUUGUUUCCACCCUUGUCAUCUGACACAUGAAAUAAACUCCUAUUGUAUUAUAGAUAUCGAAGCCGAAUCGUAUAUAAUAAUAGAAUGGGUUUUGGAGAUCACUCGGGGUUCCACUUUUAUAAUUAUACCUACAUAUUGCAUAAAAAUAA